AUGGCAACCCUUGACGACUACUUUUCCAUACAGACGUUCUUGAUCGUGUUAAGAGAGACCUUGGAGUCGGCCAUCAUCAUAUCUGUUCUUUUAUCAUUUGUUCAUCAAACAUUUUGCACCGAUGAGAAAAAGGUUGCAAACAGGACUGAACCUCAGUACCAGACGAUAACUUCGGAAACCAUAUCAUCAUCGGAAGAAACUGAGGCAUCAGAAGCAAGGGUGGUAGAUAACAGAUUGGGUCAAAUACUUAAAUUUCAAAUUUGGUUUGGUGGAUUAAUGGGCCUUGCCGUGUGUCUAUUGAUUGGGGCGAUUAUUCUUGUUGUAUUCUACAAGGUGGGCAACGACCUAUGGUCAAUAGCCGAGCAUUACUGGGAAGGGACAUUUUCAAUUCUUGCAAGUAUUAUAAUUUCCUUGAUGGGAAUACAAAUUCUCAGAGUGAGCAAGAUGCAGCAAAAAUGGAAAGUGAAACUAGGCAGGCUUUUGCAGCUGUCAAGACAUUUCAAUCCGCUGAGAUCAAGUCCCAGCAGGGGUUCCAAAGGUGGCUGGUUUGAUCGAUUGGAAUUGUUGACAGAAAAAUACAACAUGGUCAUAUUGCCUUUUGUCACAACAUUGAGAGAAGGGCUAGAAGCCAUAGUAUUUAUUGGUGGUAUUGGGGUUAACGAAGAUACCUCAAUUUGGGCUAUUAUCAAUGCUACAGUGCUUGCAGUCAUCGUGGGCACACUUAUUGGUUGUGUCUUGUACAGAUCUGGAAACACUCUAUCGUUGCAAUGGUUUCUUAUCACGUCCACAUGCUUUUUGUAUUUAGUCGCAGCAGGACUUUUUUCCAAAGGUGUAUGGAAUUUUGAGCUCCAGCACUUUAUCAACCAGUGUGGUGGAAUGGAUGUUAGCGAGACUGGCCAUGGACCUGGUUCUUAUGACAUCAAGAGGAGUGUAUGGCAUGUCAAUUGCUGCAAUGGAGAGCUACAGGAAGACGGCGCUUUCUGGAUGAUAUUGACUGCAAUAUUGGGUUGGACCAACUCGGCAACAUAUGGAAGCGUGAUUAGUUACAUCUUGUACUGGAUAGUGGUAAUAAUUGCCUUCACUUCGUUAAUACAUGAAGAGAAGCAUGGACAUUUGCCAUUUAUUCCAAUAAAGUGGCAAUUAAAUCGUAUUAGGAAGAGAAGGUCAUUAUACGCUCCAAUUGAGGAUCAACACGGUGAAGAAAAUGAUAAUAGAGACAGCGUAGACUCGAUCAAUUCGGAAACUCCUUUGCAAUAG